AUGAUACUACUGGAAAAUGGCCCGAAGGCCGAUACGCAUGGCACCGUGGAGAUUUUACAAUCGCCCUCCGACGAUGCGCUCCCAAACGCGCUCAACACACCUCUGGAGAAACCAGAACUCAGUGAAACAUGGAAUUGGGACGAUGAUCCAAGCAAUCCUUACAACUGGCCAACAAGUCACAAAGUUCUGCAAGUGGCGAUGAUUGGUUGGGCGGCUUUUACCACAACCGUUGGAGUGUCUAUACUAUCACCUGCUCACUCGCAGUUGAUGGAAGAAUUCGAGGUUGGCAGCACUGUCGCUAUCUUACCCUUGUCACUCUACGUUUUCGCCCUAGCCCUUGGUCCUGUCGUUGGAGGACCUCUUUCUGAAACCGUCGGCAGACAUCCAGUCUACAUAUGGUCAAUUGCUCUGGGCACUUUAUUCACUCUAGGUGUUGGGUUUUGCCCCACAUUUUCUGGGAUCUGUGUUUUACGUUUCUUGGCUGGUUUCUGCUACGGACCGACUCUGUCGAUUGCAGCCGGAACUCUCAAUGAGACAUUCAAGCCCGUUCAACGCGCUCUACCCUCGGCUAUCUUUAUUCUUACGCCUUUUUUGGGUCCUGGUCUAGGGCCUGUCAUUGGAAGUUUCGUCGUCAAUCGGAAGGGCUGGCGUUGGACACAGUGGACAACGAUCUUCUUCGCAAUCCUCACUGGGGUCACAAUAGCAUUGGCGAAAGAGACUUUUCACCCUAGGAUCCAACGUCGUCGUGCCAAGGAGCUCGGGUUAGACCUUCCCCUAUCAUCUCCUCUUUCUUCGCAGCUUCGCCUAUUUUUAACCAUUUCCCUACUCCGCCCUAUCCGCAUGCUCCUAGCCGAGCCUAUUGUUGGAUUCAUCUGCCUUUACAUUGCUUGUGAAUUUGCGACACUCUUCUCAUUCUUCGCAGCCUUCCCAUUGAUCUUUCAAGGUAUCUAUCAUUUCAACAUCGAAGAGUCCGGUCUUGUCUUCUUGACCAUUGUGGUCGGAUGUUUACUAGGAACUGUGACUGUCAUAUUAUGCAAUUUUUUCCUUUACCUCCCCAAAGCUUCAAAGCAUCUGGACGGACAAAUACCACCCGAGUAUCGUCUCUAUCCAGCACUGAUAGGUAGUGUUGGAUUGCCUAUCGGUCUUUUUUGGUUUGCAUGGACUGCCAGAGCUGAUAUCUCCUGGGCAAGUCCCGUCGUUGCAAUCGUUGUUUUUGCAUGGGGAAAUCUAUGUGUCUUCGUCAGCACAACGCAGUACCUCGUUGAUACUUAUCAUGGUCUCACUGUCGCAAGUGCCAUGAGCGCAAAUGGUUUGGCACGUUAUGGACUCGGAGCUGUGUUCCCCCUGUUUACUGUCCAAAUGUACACCAGACUCGGUACAGGGUGGGCUUCUAGCUUGCUUGGGUUUAUUGCAGUAGCACUUUUGCCUGUUCCGUGGGUGUUUUUCAAGAGCGGGAAGAGAUUGAGAGCUAUGAGUAAAUAUGAAACCGGAGAGAACAGCACCAAGUGA